AUGUUGAGCCUCGUCAGAACAUUUACAGGCUCUCCUCAAGGCCCCCUCAAGCACUUAGUCUUGCCCAAUGCCACCUUGAUCCUGUAUCCCUCUGCCGACGGCGUCAUCAUUCUGAACGCGAUAACCCUGAGCUUGGUCCGCGUACUUGCCUUCGGUGAAUUAUUUCCGGGUUACCAGCACACGAAACAAAACAUCUCGUGUCUUGUCGUUGAUUCCGCUCUUAAACUUGUGAGCGUUGCUAUUGCGCAACGGAUAGCGGCAUGGUCACUCUCCGGCACUCAGCAUGACGUUUGGCGCGUGCACUCCUCUCUUACCUUGCCAGGUCACGAACACAUCACCACCCUAGACUGCCGAUCUGGCCUCCUGGCCGUCGGCAGCCAGCAUGCACUAGCGGUCUACACGCUCAUACUCGAGAAUGACUUACCUACAUGGUCGAAGAAGUGGUCAAUACCAAUUACAUCACCCAAGUUGGCCCAUUUCUCUCCGUCCCUCAUGCACAUCGCCAUGACAUCUCACCUUCAAGGUGCACGCGUGAAGAUCUAUUCGACCGUGAGCGGUAAAAUGGUUCAAUCCAUCCCCCACAUGCGCCCAGUCAAGCAGCUAAUAUGGCGAUAUUCCCCGAAAUCGCGGAGUGACGAUCCAGCACUCCUGACGGUCACAUCUGAUUCAGUCUUACGGAUUUUCCUUCCUGUGAUAGAUGAGCCCGAGCGACUUCAGCUUCAUGGUGCACUGGACAUAUCGUCUUUGCAAGUGACUUUGUCUCCCCCACGCUUAAACGUGCUUGAGCCUUCAUCCCAAAAUAUAUGGCUGGACAAAGCCAUUAUCCUGGAUGCGUUGACUGCAUUACUGGCUCAAUCACAGGACGACGAUGAGCGGAUGAAUCGGGUACGUGAGAUCAUUGACGAGGAUUGGGACCUUUUUCUCCAGGUCCUGGAGGAUGGAUCUCUCAUCAUAAGUGCAGUUGCCAAUAUCGACAGACGUCCACCAACGCUUCUACGGCAGUUCGCACUAGCCCACCUACCCGCCGGCACGCUCAUGCCUCUCCCUUCACAUUUGUACUUGGCCCCUCACAAGGAUCCUGGCUGUUUAAUGCUUGUGACAUCCAAUCCUUUGGCGGUUUAUCGGCUUUCGCUUGUUCCUCUACUGCAGGGACAACGGCAAGGUGUCGUUGUGUCAGCCAAAGCCGAGGAUUCAACCCCGGAAGCAAAGUCCAAGGUGUUGAGAAUGGUCAGAACACCUACAGGUCACGCUGUCGCAGUUGUGAGGGAGGAAGGGGGAGAGGUCUGGAAAUCCACAGAAGGAAGUACCAACCUUUCUCUCCGUUCGCAAUGGACUACAGCGGAUGACGUAGUUGUAUUCGAAAGUGGUAAGUGCAAUUACCUGGCUACCUAUGCACAGGACAAGAGUCUACUUACUCUUCACUCUGAUCCCGAGUCAAGCAUAGAGCUGCCCGACGUUGCAUCACUUUUCGUGCUUCCAUGUCAGGAUCAUCAUGCUUGCAUCUUUGGCUUAGGGCAUGAUCUAUCAAUCGCUCAUAUAUGCGUGUCCUCGAAGCCGAACCCAACCCUUGUCUUGUUUUCGCGCACAACUUUGCCUCUUCCGAGUCCACCCAUGCUCAUCCUGCCAGUCGACCCCAUGGCAUGGACAGACAGCAUCGCUUUACAAAGUCAUGACGCCUUGCUCGGGGUCUCAGAGCAGGGGCAACUUACAUUUUGGGUCCCAGACGUCGAUCGAGACCGAAGUUGGGUGUGUACGGGUCGCGUCAACACAGGACGGAAGAAUCUCCGGAUGGCUCGUUGUAGCUCCGCCAAGAAGUCCGUUCUUGUAGUUCCUUGCCAAGGCGAAGAGGAGCUUACUAUUUGGGACUCGAAAGAGUCUGAGUUCGCCUCGGGCCUGGAGUUCUCGAAGACUAACACAGACCCCAUCAAUGACUUGGACUGGACUUCCACACCAGAUGGACAAUCUGUCCUGGCCAUAGGCUUUGCCCAUCGCAUAGAACUGAUAUGUCAGCAAAGGAAGACAUAUUUUGACGAUGAGCCCGGGUGGGCCACGUGUUACACUAUCGACCUAGAAUCAAUAAUACCUUACCGUAUAAGUGACUCAAUAUGGCUACACGAUGGUUCCCUACUCGUGGCAGCUGGGCAUGUGUUGUGCCUCUACAGCCAGGCCACAGCGAGCAGCGACGGGUCUGAGGGACUAUUUGAACAUGUCGCGCGUCAUAACGGGGUGUUGCCCGAUUAUCACCCGCAGAUGCUGCUCCAAUGUCUUCUUUGGGGCAAACUCGAACUUGUCAAGGAUGUCAUUGUUAAGCUUGGCAAGUCUAUGGAUGAUUAUAUCGCCGAUACAUCCAACGAGUUUCACUGGGAUCCCAUACCUAUCGACCAGUAUUUGCAGAAUAAUCCUGAUGGAUUUCAGUCGUUACCAUCCAAAAAGUAUAAACAACUUUUUGACGGGCUGAAUAACUCUGAUCACAGAGAUGAAGAACCAUUUUCCCGGCCUACUGUCACACAACUCUUGGAACACCUGGAGGAACACCCAGUACUACACUUGAGUCCUAACGAGCAAGCUUCUCUUCUUACACUGAUCCAGACAGCUCUCGAGGUCGAUGAACAACGUCGUGCUUUGGAUGCGAAUGGUCUCCGAUAUGUGACUUCAAUGAGGGCAUUCUACAUCCUAAACCGCCGCAUCGUAUCCGAUCCCGGUAGUCCCCGCUCAGGCAAGACAAUCUCAAGGCAAACAGGGUAUAGAGAACGUUUGCGCUACCGUGACAUCAUAUGGGCUUUCCACAGCGAAAGUCAAGAGCUACUUUUGGAGAGCGCUUCAACGGCCUGCAAUCGUAAGAUGCUGUGGUCUGACGCCAGGUCCCUCGGCGUCUUCAUCUGGCUCAACUCUGUAGAGUCCAUGAAAUCAACGAUGGAAACUAUCGCCCGAAACGAAUAUAUGGCAGGUAACAACCGCGACCCAGUCGCAUGUUCUUUGUACUACUUUGCGUUGGGGAAGGUGAAGCUGGUGCACGGCCUCUGGCGUCAAGCUUCCUGGCAUAAAGAGCAAGCGAUGAUGUUGAAGUUCCUCAAUAACGACUUCACGCAACCUCGAUGGCGUACUGCCGCGCUGAAGAAUGCUUAUGCUUUACUUGCCAAGCAACGCUUUGAGUAUGCUGCAGCGUUCUUCCUGCUCGGCGACAGUCUCAAAGCCGCUGUCAACAUCUGCGUCAAGCAGUUGGACGACUUUCAGCUUGCUAUCGCUUUGGCUCGCAUAAGAGAGGCGGACCCAGAGCGCCCGAUCCUCCGUGACCUGUUGAACAACACCGUUCUACCCAUUGCAUUCCAGAAUGGCAAUCGGUGGCUGGCCAGCUGGGCAUUUUGGCUACUUCAUCGGCGAGAUAUGGCUGUCAGAGUUCUCUUGACACCUCUGCGAGAUUUGGUUACAUCACUGAGUAUAACCAUCGAAGAGGUCAAAGAGUCAAGUUACGACGAUCCUAGUCUCGCGCUGCUCUUUUCGCAGCUGCGAGAUAAGACUCUGCAGGCGGCCAAGGGCACCAGUGAGAUCUCAGGCCGAGCCGAGUUCAACUUUGUCCUCCAGAUGGCCCGCGUCUUUCGUAGGAUGGGAUGCCACGCUUUGGCACUUGACAUUGUUCAAUCUUGGUCGUUCGAAAGACCCAGCAUCUCAACCCAGCCGUCUUACUCUGUUGCCAAUGGACUCAACGCGGAUGGAGACACACACGCUAUCACGAGGGCUAAAGACAAAGACUCGUUUUCUCUACACCGUCGCCGUUCUUCCAUGGUGAUUGACAUGGAAAUUCCAAGCGCGCCUACUACUUCGCCCGACAGUGACACUCCACCAUCCAAAGGUCUUGAAACGAUUGGAGAGAACGGCGACCUGCAGACGAAGAAAGCUAGCCUCGGUACUUUAAUGAAGUCCGCAAAGCGCGAUGUUCAGGUACCCGAGUUCAACAUGAAUGAAUUCUUUCCGUGA